UAUCGGAGGGAAGGUUAGGGGAUGAACUAAAUAAAUAGCUUGACCCAAGCGCCCCGGAGUAUUCGAAACGAUACGAGCGUAGCCAUGAAGACUUUAUUUUUAACGUUGUUCUUACUGGGAUCUGCUCUACAAUUUUGUAAGGCGGAAACUCCCCAGAGGGUAGCUUGCACCAUGCCAAACUGCCCAUCUAAUUGCAGGAUCGAUACAAAUGCCCAGCCUUGUCCGGCCUGCCUGUGUGAUGAUGAUCAUGGAACUAGAAGUAAACGCUCCUCCAUGAAUAUUGCGUGCACCAUGCCCAAAUGUGAUGAGCCAGGCUGCAGCAUAAAUUACUCGACUCUCCCUUGUCCCAGUUGCGAGUGCAGCAAUGACGAGACCAAUGGGCAAGUCGCCUGCACCAUGCCCAAAUGCGACCAGCCCGGAUGCAGCAUGGAUUACUCGGCUCUCCCUUGUCCCAGUUGCGAGUGCAGUAAUGACAGGACCAAGAGGCAAAUAGCAUGUUCCAUGCCCGUAUGUGACGAGCCCGGAUGCAGCAUGGAUUAUUCGACUCUCCCUUGUCCCAGUUGCGAGUGUAGCAAUGACACCACCAACAGGCAAGUCGCGUGCUCCAUGCCCAAAUGCGACGAGCCCGGAUGCAGCAUAGAUCACUCGACUCUUCCUUGUCCUUCUUGUAAAUGUAAUAAAGAGAAUGCUAGACGACGUAGAAGCCCUCAAUAUGAUAGAGGCCCUCAGUGUUCUACGCCUAGAUGCCAAUCAGGAUGCACCGUCGAUUAUUCAGCCUAUCCUUGCCCAAUCUGCAGGUGCAAUACAGAUAUAAAUGGCAAUCCCUAUUCAAUGCAGUGCUCUACCCCCAACUGCCCUCGAGGAUGCAUGAUAGAUUAUAACGACAAACCUUGUCCAACUUGCAAAUGCGGUGGUAGAAAUAACGGUUAUCCUUACGGAAUCCAAUGUUCCCCACCCAACUGUCCCAGAGGAUGCACGCUAGAUUACAACUCGUCUCCUUGCCCUAGCUGUAAAUGCAAUAAUGGAAGGGAUAAUGGGCAACGUGUGAACCCAGGCCGAGUCCAGUGUUCUACUCCGAAAUGCGACCCUCCAUGUAGACUCAACUAUGUGACAGCAGGCUGUCCCCAGUGCGACUGCAGUCGAAGAAACGGCUAAAUCUGUAAAUAUUUAUUUAAAACUGCUGUACACAAACUGUACCUGACCUUUCUACGAUUAUGGAUAUGCAUUCCAUGUUUUAAUUGUGUUGUCAGUGUGUUUUUAAAUAAAUGUGCUUUUCUUUUGUA